GAUCCUCUUUUCUCCCAUCAACGGGAGCAAUCUAGCUAGUUCCCAGGCUGCAGAUUAAUUAUGGAUGAAUAUCGUACGUGCAUCAUAUUUGUAGUCCUUCUUGCCAUUUCACAGACUGUGAAGAGUUCUGGUAAUGGGUGGACAAAUGCUCACGCCACUUUCUAUGGAGGCAGUGAUGCUUCAGGGACAAUGGGUGGGGCUUGUGGUUAUGGAAAUCUUUAUAGCCAGGGGUAUGGAACAAACACUGCUGCACUCAGUACUGUUUUGUUCAAUAAUGGGUUGAGUUGUGGAGGUUGCUAUGAGAUUAAAUGUGUGAAUGACAAACAAUGGUGCUUACCAGGAUCCAUAGUAGUAACCGCAACUAAUUUCUGCCCACCCAACAGCGCUCUUCCUAAUAACGCUGGAGGCUGGUGCAAUCCUCCAUUGCGUCAUUUUGAUCUAUCUCAGCCUGUUUUUCAACACAUUGCUCAAUCCAAAGCCGGAAUUAUCCCUGUGCAAUACAGAAGGGUUGGUUGUAGCAAGAAGGGUGGAAUCAGAUUUGCAAUCAAUGGGCACUCCUACUUCAAUCUGGUGCUUAUAACCAAUGUGGGUGGAGCUGGUGAUCUGGUGAGUGUGUCUAUUAAAGGUUCGAAAAGUGACAACGGUUGGAUGGCCAUGUCCCGGAACUGGGGUCAGAAUUGGCAAAGCAACUCCUAUCUUAACGGCCAAGCCCUUUCUUUCAAGGUUACAACCAGUGAUGGACGCUCUCUCGUCUCCAACAAUGUGGCUCCUCCCAACUGGUCUUUUGGUCAAACCUACACUGGAGGCCAGUUCCAAGAUUUUAGCUCCUUGGUUAACUUCUGAUGAAUUAAUCCAAAACUAACUUGAUCCUCUGUCAUUGUUGAUAUAUUUUGGGUCUUUCUAGUGGUGCUCAAUAAUACACAAGGCACGCAACUGGAUCCGAGCAAGCCUAGCUAGCUGCUAGCUAAUACAUCUUGUUUUUUUUUUUUUCCAUGGAUAUUGGCUGAGGUGAACAAAGGUGGACACCCGGCCGCUCGAUGAGUAGUUUCUAUGAAUUCUGUUAGUCAACUUGCCUUUCUUAAGGAGAUGAGAGACAGGGAUAUAUAUAUAUAUAUAUAUAUAUAUAUAUUCGAUUGUCAAAUCAUAUAGCAAAUACAGUUCUGCUCGAUGCAAUGAUCAGGGUAAAAUGUUAACUCAAGAUUGCUUAUCAGUUUAUUAGUUACUACUGUUGUUUGCUGAGUGUAUGUUGUUGGA